CAAAGUUGUCAUUCUGCAGUUGGCAGCCAUUUGUUUGAUCAACUCCAAAACAUUUGAAAACGUUCUUGCUUAAAACACAAACUACUCGAAAAUGGCAGCGGCGGCAGCGGCAAAAAUUGCCGAAGUGCGAGAGACGACGCGCGUGGAACGUAUCGGCGCCCAUUCCCACAUCCGCGGUCUCGGUUUGGACGACAGUCUCGAGGCCCGACAUGUGUCGCAAGGUAUGGUGGGUCAGGUGUCGGCCAGACGGGCCGUGGGCAUUGUCCUGCAGAUGAUACGCGAGGGCCGCAUUGCUGGGAGGGCUGUUUUGUUAGCUGGACAACCUGGCACUGGCAAGACUGCCAUAGCGACAGCUUUGGCACAGGCCUUGGGACAUGACACUCCUUUCACUAGUAUGGCUGGUUCAGAAAUUUAUUCAUUGGAAAUGUCCAGGACUGAAGCACUAACACAAGCUAUUAGAAAAAGUAUUGGCGUUAGAAUUAAGGAAGAAAGCGAAAUAAUUGAAGGAGAAGUCGUCGAAGUACAAAUCGAAAGGCCAGCAACCGGCGUUGGCACGAAAGUAGGAAAGCUAAUCCUCAAAACAACCGACAUGGAAACCGUCUACGACCUAGGUGGCAAAAUGAUCGACAGCAUUUUAAAGGAGAAGGUACAAUCCGGCGACGUAAUCACCAUCGACAAGGCCACAGGAAAGAUCAGCCGUUUGGGUCGUUCGUUUGCCAGAGCCCGGGACUACGACGCCACCGGUCAACAGACCCGUUUCGUCCAGUGCCCGGAGGGUGAGCUGCAGAAACGCAAGGAGGUCGUACACACAGUCACUUUGCACGAAAUAGACGUAAUCAACAGUCGUACGCACGGUUUCCUCGCCCUUUUCUCCGGAGACACCGGCGAAAUUAAGCCGGAAGUACGUGAACAAAUCAACGGAAAGGUUGCUGAAUGGCGUGAGGAGGGCAAGGCUGAGAUAAUACCAGGAGUACUGUUCAUCGACGAGGUUCACAUGUUGGACAUCGAAUGUUUCUCGUUCUUGAACAGGGCGCUGGAGAAUGAAAUGUCUCCCAUAGUUAUAAUGGCAACCAACAGGGGCAUCACCAAGAUCCGAGGCACCACCUACACAUCACCACACGGCAUUCCUUUAGAUCUUCUAGACCGUACGAUCAUCGUACCAACAGCACCGUACGAGGAGAAAGAAAUCAGAGAAAUAUUAAGUAUCCGUUGCGAGGAGGAGGAUUGCCAGAUGUCGGACGGGGCGAUAAGCGUGUUAACACGCAUAGCCCGAGAAACCUCACUGCGUUAUGGCAUGCAGUUAAUCAUGACCUCCAGUUUGAUCGCCCGUAAACGCAAGGCACAAGAAAUCGAUGUUGAAGACAUCAAACGAGCCUAUCAACUAUUUUCAGAUGAUUCUAGAUCCGUGCAGUUCCUGCGGGAGUACCAGCAAGAGUUUAUGUUUAACGAAUUGGAGGAAGAGGACAAAAUGGAAACUAGCUAAACUGACCGGAAAUCUCUUUCAACUUAAGCUUUAAGUGUUUAUUUUAUUAAUUCCUCAAUGCGUUUAAAAUGUAUUUGUAAUUAAACAUUUUUGUAAGAAA